UCUUGCUCACAACACACCUCUCAAGACACACACUCUCACACACACACAGAAAGAGAGACAGAGAGAGAUGUCUGUGUGGGGCUUGAGGUUGCUGUGCUUUGUGACGGUUCUGGUUGGGGGAUGUAAAGCAGCGAAUGCAGUGGAAGAGGAUCCCCGGAAGACAUCGGUCCCUGCGCUCUUCAUCUUUGGGGACUCACUGGUGGAUGUGGGCAACAACAACUUCCUGAAGCUGGCGCUCGACAAGGCCAACUUCCCCCACAACGGGAUCGAUUAUGCAGGACAGAAAGCAACUGGCAGGUUCAGCAAUGGCAUGAACUCUGCAGAUUUCAUGGCUCAGAAGCUGGGUUUGGCAACCUCUCCUCCGUAUCUUUCUCUAAACAAUGCUAAAGGUAGUAGCUCCAUCAUGGGCGGCGUCAGCUUCGCAUCAGGAGGAGCAGGCAUACUGGAUGGAUCUCCAAAACCAAAAAUUUUUGAACAGACGAUACCACUCAAUAAACAGAUUGAGUUCUACUCAACCGUCUAUGGGCAGUUUGUGGAACAACUAGGGAGCAUUGAAGCCCAAAAGUAUCUAUCAAGAUCACUGUUUGCAGUGGUUAUAGGAAGUAAUGACAUACUGGGAUACUUCAAACCUACUUCCUCAAUGAAACAAAAGUAUUCUCCCCAACAAUAUUUAGAUCUGCUGAUGACCACAUUGAAAGGUCAGCUUCAGAGGAUAUACAAUCUGGGUGCACGCAAAAUAGUAUCCGUUGGGGUUGGACCAAUCGGAUGUAGCCCUAAAAUAAGAGCUAGAAAUGAAACAGAAGGUUGCGAUGAAGAGACAAACGACUGGUGUGCGAGGUAUAAUGAAGCUGUCGUGAGACUCCUGCAGAACUUGAAAUCUGAAUUGAAGGACUUCAACUAUUCCUUCUUUAACACUUACCUCCUUGUGCAUGACUUCAUCGAAAGGCCUUCUUCCCAUGGAUUUGUGGAGGUUAAAGCUGCCUGUUGUGGGCUAGGAAAGCUGAACGCCAUUUUUCCCUGCAUACCGAUUUCACACUAUUGUGGGAAUAGAUCGGAUCAUGUAUUUUGGGAUUUUUAUCACCCCACAGAGGCUGCUUCUCGUAUGCUCGCUGAUGCUGCUUUUGAUGGCUCACCACCUUUUGUUUACCCCUUUAAUGUAAGGAAACUUUCAGCAAUGUAGUUCGGCAUGAACUAAGAACUCAGAGAAAAGACGAAAGAAAACAUUGUUAUAUUUAAUAGAGAAGCAUGCAGUUAGUACAAUGUGCAUCAUGUACCACCCAUUCGCAGUGGCACUGUCAAAGCUUGCAUUGGCAGAUGAAAAGGAGAACUAAGGCCUGAAUAAUCCAAUUCAAGACUGCAUAUCAUCAUA